AAAUAAGGAAAAUACUCCCGCAUGCGCAGUGGUCGGAGUUUUGUUUGAAGUGAACUGCUGCCUGGGACUGCCCUACAAGCUGUAAAGUCGCCAAGCAUUUCAUUUUAACAGUAUAUUUUUUACAUUUCCUCCAUACUGUUUCGGCGCCUCUAUGCAUCGCAGAGACGAUGUUAGGCCAUCACUAUCCGAACACCGAGAAGUCGCAGCAACUGGUCAACUAUGUGGAGGAUUACCUGGAAUGUGUGGAGUCCCUGCCUCUGGACAUACAAAGAAAUGUUUCCCUGCUCCGAGAAAUCGAUGCAAAGUAUCAAGGUACUGUGUCUCCAUGAUUCUAUCAAUAAUAACAACCGACUGUUAAAGACUGGGGAACAUUUACGGGGGUCUGGCAGGCUGUGCUGAAACGGUUCAGGCAAGCCGCGUUCCCAUUUUGCCCAAACCGAUUCCCCGGUUCAGAUCUCCACCUCAAAAACCGUAAAUGUGUAUAACAGAAAUGUUUUAACAACUUAGACGAAGCGUUUGUCUUUUUGAAGAAGUCUGUCAUCUUUUGACACGCAUAGCCCGAAAACAGCCCGUGCUGAAUUGUGUCACACCAAACCCCCUUAGGAAAAUCUAACAUUUUAUAACCAUAACUCGCCAUGUUCACACACAAUAUGUAUAAACCGAUUAACCACGCGUUAUGAAUCCGUAAUGUUCAUUUGCAAAUUCCGCAUUAGUUACAGUCAAAUGCAGUGUUAUUUAAUGCUAAAAUUUGAACUUUUUCAUCAUGUAUACACGGCCGCCCACUGUAUAGUAAACGCGGCGGAUUAUCGGGAAAACAAUGCACAAACUUGAGCACACAUUUGAAUUGGACGCAGCUUUUGGUAAAUAAUGUAAGCCGAGACACGGAACGAUGACUCACGAUGUAAAGAGGAGCAUUUCACUUGCUCAUUGAGGUAUGAACCUUGAAAGAUAACUAAUAUGAUCACAAACUGCUCUUUUUGUCAUGAAAAACAAUCCUCGUUUUUGCUUGUGCUGACGCACGGUCAAGCUGCAGUUCACAGCCCUCCUCCGCUACAGACAGCUACCUCGACAUAUCGCACACACCGUGGGAGUCGCACUGACACAAACAGGCGACGUUUUGGGUUUGGAUUAUUAUAAAAUGAGAUUAGACAUCUCGGAGAGCUGACACAGUCUCUGUGCCCCACUCCGCUCCGUCGAGUGUGAACUGCAGAGCCGGAUGGCUCGUCUUAUGAACAACCCCCCCCUCCAACAUCUGACCGCCGUCAUUUCCUGCAGCUUCAGACCUCCUCCCUCUUUCUUCCACAGAUUUUGCUGUAGAUGGACUAACGAUGUGUUACUGCCUCCUGAUGGACGAAAUCAAUCUGAGGUUUCUCAUUUUUAAAGUCCAGUUUCUCUCAUAAAGGCGCAGCAGUUUUCUGCCCUCCAUUUUGCGACAGCAAUGUAGAAUAUUAACCGCUUAAUUUUCACAAGAAAAACACUGAAAUCACUCUUUAAGCUAUUAAGAGGAUAAAAAUGGUUAAUAAUUAAAAGAAAACACUCUUUAAAGAAACUAUUAUCUGUGAAAACUCCUCUUCCUUAAAGCUAUUACUGUGGAAACUGUUGAUGAAAAAAGAUUUGAUUUAUGCAAAAAUAUUAAGCCUCUGAAAUUAAUGAGAAGUUUUGCAGAAACUCCAGAUCAAAUGUUGAAACUAGUCUCCAUGGUUCACGAACAUUUACAGAGAGUUACAAACUAUCAGACGCUGUUUUUAUUCACAUUUUAAAGGUCACCCAUACUUUAUUCAGACUUAUGUUGCCAUGCAAACUUCUGUAACCUAAUAAGAACUAAAAAUAAGUUGAUGUGGAAGCAGACAGGUUUCUUUUAAUGAUGCAUUUUAGUGAAGCUGCUAAAAAACUGUUUUUACAGUAAUGUAUUCAGGAGCAACAAUAAAAACAGGCUGAUGUUUUGAAACAGCCUCCUGAUUAAUUUGGCAUUUUUAAUAAUUUGGUUCUUGUUCUCCGGCUUAUUAACCAAAACUUGAUUCUUUGUCCUGUGUCUCCUCUGCAGAGGUGCUGAAGGAGGUGGAUGAGGUCUUUGAGAAGUACAAAGGUGAGCAGGACGCUGCUCAGAGGAAGCGUCUGCAGGUCCAGCUGCAGAGGGCACUCAUCAUCAGCCAGGAGCUUGGCGAUGAGAAGAUCCAUGUGGUGACCCAGAUGACAGAACUGGUGGAGAACCGCUCCCGCCAGAUGGACUCUCACUCUCUGUGCCUGCAGGAACCCAACGAGGCUGAGCGCCUCACCACGGAGCGCCGCUCCAGCGUCCAGGACUCUCCUGCCCCUGAACGCACCUCAGCUCGCCGCCCCAGGCGACAGCGUAACAGUGAGAGCCGCGACUCCAGCCACCCAUCAGCAAACGGCUCUCUGGUGGAUGACCCUGUGGAGGAGCUGAGCAUCCCUCCUCCUCGAGAGAAGAAGUCAAAGUCUGCAAAGAAGAAGAAGCGUAAGGCCAAACAGGAGCGAGACGCCUCUCCGGUGGACUUCGCCAUCGACCCCAACGAGCCCACAUACUGUCUCUGCGAGCAGGUGUCCUACGGAGAGAUGAUUGGCUGCGACAACGAGCAGUGCCCCAUCGAGUGGUUCCACUUUUCCUGCGUGGGGCUCACCUAUAAGCCCAAAGGGAAGUGGUUCUGCCCCAAAUGUAGGGGGGACAACGAAAAGACGAUGGACAAAAGUCUGGACAAAAACAGAAAGGACCGCAGAUCCAGGUAGUGACCCGCCCCUGAGGGUCCAGACUGAGGAGAACUCAGUACUCGGGAUGUUAAAGAGCACAAUCCAACUCUGUCAGGACUCAGUCAGAGCAGGUGCGACGGUUACCUGAGACACCGUUCGUCUGUAGUCCACCUGCUGACAGAACCCUCAGCUCCGAGCUGCCACCCUCCUCCAAACUUUGGUUUCUACACCAGGAGAAAAAAUGAGUCUUUGGUUUGAUUUUAGUCUGAAAAAGGUCUGAAAAUAUCAAAUAUUCAUUUCUUCUCUUUAGUUUUUAGUCGUUCUUUGAAAUCAGCGUACAGAAAACGACUCCAGAGAGUGACAGACUCAAGUUUCUGUUUACAGACAGAGUCGCAUUUAAAGACGGGACACUGGAACAAAACCUCAUCAUGUUUUUUUUUCUUUGUUUUUACUGCUUCACCUUCACUGUUGUGUUUUUCCUUUUUAUAUCCAUUAAAACAAAGUAUAGUCCUCCACUGC